AUGGAUCCCCCAUCCGUUCAAUCUUCUCAACAACAAGGAGGAUCUCCUCAACGAGCUCAGAGUAACAUGCAACCAGCACCCAUAUCACAGGAUAGUAGCGAGAUGAAGCCCAGUGUAUCUUCGGCAUCCAACGGUGGUAUUGACAAUGGCAAAGACAAUGGCGAUAUGACUUCAUUUAAUCAAGAGAGUGAUGAAUCCACCUCACCAAACGACACUUCACCUCUCGAUCCUUCGCUAUCAACAACGAAUCUCCAUUCUCAAAGUAAUUCACAGUCUCAAGGUCAAAGCCAGAACCAGAACCUAAACCAGAGUUAUAGUCAAAUGCAAAACAAUUUCGAUUCUGAGAUGAUGGAGGGAUCAGAAUCAGCUAAAAGACCAAGACUGCGUUUAGCUCACGCAUGUGAUAGAUGUAGACGUAGGAAAAUACGUUGUGAUACGAAACACCCAUGUACACCAUGUCAACAGUCCAAUAAUCAAUGUACAUUCGAAACCCCAUCGAGAAGAACGGUAAAACCCAAAGGUUCAUCCAGUUCAAAUUUGAAUAACAAUACAAAUUCCAAUGGAUCGGGUUCUAAUGGAGGUACUAAAAGACCACAUUCACCUUUGAGAAAUACUUUAGCUGGAUUAACAGCUUCUGCUUCUGGAACAUCUUCAGGAACAAACGGUGAUGGUCAAACCAAUCUAGAAGCACGAUUAGCUGCUUUAGAAAGUAUGUUAAGGGAUGUACCACCAAAUGUACACAAUGCUUUCUUAUCCACAUUAGAUGCUAGAUUAGGUAGUGGAACUGGAGUGGGAAUAAAAGAAGGUGGUGAAGGUGUCAGCGUGGCCGUUGAAGCUUUAGCUGGUACAGGAAGUAGUAAUUUCGGUUUAACGUCUUUCAACACUUCCGAUCUAUUGAAUGACUUAUCUUGGAAUAUGACAAAUCAAAACUCGUCAGGAUCAGGAGAUAAUAACAAUAACAACAAUUUCAAUAUGACAGGAUCAAAUUCAACUUUAUUGCCUGAUUGGACAAAUCCCACUUCAUCACCAGCAACAAACCAGAAUACCGCAAAUAACGCUGGAGCUUUGAGUAAUUGGCUAGCUGGUAUUGGUGUUGGACCAGGAUUGACGAAAAGGAGAGAAGAAGUUGGUAUGGACGAAUUAGCUAAAAGAAUGGAAGGGAUGAGCUUCUUCUAUGAGGAUGAAAUUGGUCAAGCGAAAUGGCAGGGUGCCACAUCCGGUUUCCCCCUCCUUCAUCUCCUUACAGCUGCCAAUGCUCGCAAAGAAGCCAGUGAUGAACAACAAGAUAUCCAGUCAGAUGUACUUACAUCACCUCCUAAUUCAACUCUGUCAACUUCGCCAGCUAACGCGACUACACCAUUCCCGACUAGAAGAGUGAGCUCAGGAGCUACCGCUCUUGGAGCGGCAGCGAGGUCAGCGUCUGUGCCUACGUCAAAGAAUCGAUCAUCAUCAGUUGGAGUCGGUGGUAGAAAUUCAUCGCCAAGCGGAAAUACAAGAAGGAAAGAAAAGUUUUUCCCGGAUCGUACACCAAGACCACAUCAAACUCUGAAUCCCGAAGCAUCUUGGAAAGUCAUAACUGGAGUCAUUCCACCUGACUUGAUGGAUACACUAGUUAGAUGUUAUCUAUCGACAUCACAUCUACUAUGGCCUUUCUUACACGUCCCUUCUUUCCUAGCUGAUUAUGCCAACCCGCAACAAUGGGGAGAACCUGGAUUUACUUGUUUCAUAGUAGCUGUCUGCACACUCUCUUCAAGACAUGUUGACGAUCCAAGAGUAAGAGCAAAUCCAAACGACCCUUCAACAGCUGGAAAACAAUACUUCGAAUUGUUCAAAAGAUUGAGAGAUUUACCUUCAGCAGACAGACCAACCCUAUAUUCAAUACAAGCCGCGUUCUUGGCUGCUAUCUACGCUUUUGGAUUGGGUAAUCUAAGUAAGGCUUUCGCGUUACAAGCUGAAAGUAUCACAUUAUGUUUGGAUGGCGGUCUGCAUAGAUCAGUAGACGGUUAUGAUCAUUUCGAUGCGGUGGAAAAGGAGACUAGGAAGAGAACUUUCUGGUCGAUAUAUUCCUGGGACAAGCAAUCUGCUGCGCUCUUCGGUAGACCACCCAUCAUCCAUCUGAGGGAUUGCGACGUUACAGAACCUUUAAUAGUGGAUGACGAAAACCUCACAGCUGAAGGAAUCAAAGAUGAGAGUAUAGAUUCGCAAAGUAGAAUGUGUGCAUUCGUAGCUACAAUCAGAUUACAUGUAAUUCUGGAGGGAGUGAUCGAUUCUGCUACUCGACCGUCUUCUUUCCCAACUUCGCCCUUUUUAGCCAAGGCAGCAGCUACAAUCUCACGUCGAUCGCCGCAAAAUGAGUCUUUGCAAGACGAAUUAGCAUUAUUGGAUGAAUGGACAAAGAUUUUACCCAAAUACUGGCAUUAUGAUUCUGAGACUGCAGCAUCUAGAGAUCCAAUCCGAAUUACUCAGGCUGAGAGACUACAUUGUCUCGAACAUCUUGUCAAGAUGAUCAUUUACAGACAUCGAUUUUCAGGAUUCGUGGCUAUGCCCGCAUCUACUCAGGAAGAAAGAGCUAGACAUCUUGACUUGUGUAGAAAAGCGAUGCAAUGCGCUUUGACCAUUAUUGCCGAUCACGUUCAUAUCUCCCAACGUGGCAUGAUGACAUAUUACGGCGUCCAUGUCAUUCAUCAACUGGCUCAAGCAGGACGAACAUUAGUAGCGGUCAUUCUGAAUUGUCGGGAUGCCGAUUUCAGGCCUAUCAUCGCUCCUUCUAUCGAAGGUCUCAGAUCUUGUGUUGGAUUAUUGAGGAGAUUUAGUGGUAGAUAUCUGUGUGGUUUGAGAUCAGCGGAUAUCAUUGAUGAAUUCUGUCGAAUUUGUAAUAUCCCUGUUAACUCCCCACGAGUACCUGAUUCCACAACUCGACCUUCUCCUGCAUGGCUUCGACCUGUACCAAAACGGGUGUCACUUUCACAAGGACUACUAAGUGAUCUAUCUCCAGGUACAAUGAUGGAUUUCAACACGUCCAAUACGGCAUUACCCAAUCAACAAGGAACGAAUAUCGACAACCACCUAUCGAACGACUUGGAUAGCUUGUUCAACACUUCCGCGUACUUCGAUAUGUCAGCUAUGGAAGCUGGAACGACAAGUAGCAGUAAUAACAAUCCGUACGGAAGUGAGAAUAUCAAUAAUAACAAUAAUCCUAACCAUAACGAUUUCUCAAUCUCUCUCGGACAAUCAUCAUCGUCAUACGAUAGAUACGAAUCUACCACGCCUCAAAAUGGACAUAUAAUGCUUGGUGGUGGAUCCAAUGCAUCCGGAAAUAAUUCGUCAAAUCAUUAUGACGCUUCUUCAACGUCUUUCGAUAAUAGCAAUAGUAAUAACUCCUAUAACAACAGUAAUAAUCAAAUGAGCAGUAAUUCAACUGGAAACGGACUUGGACACGGGAACUCAGGUGGUCAAAUCAGUUUCGAUUAUGGUUUGAAUGGAAUGGGUUUCGGAGGUGAAGCAUUAGCUGGAGAAGGUAUGGAUACCGUUAGUGACGGUUUAAGAGGUAACAAUGCGAAUGGCGGAUUGUCCGCCGCCACUAUUCUCAGUCUCAUGGAGGAAGGUUCAUUUGAUUAUGGUAGUAUAUUCACUGAUCAAGCUCCAUUACCUAUGGAUGUUGAACAUGGUGUAUAG